UCAGUAUCCACCGUUCGCUCGCCUAAUGCGUCUCCCAGUGGGGAUCCGUGUGCACUGCCUCGUGUUCAAGCAGCAAAAGGCUGCUGUAUUCAUUCACCCUUCUGCCAGCUGCUCAUCCUGCUGCCCCUGAUCCCUCUCACACACACAAGAGACACAAUGUCCCACCGCAAGUUCCGCGCGCCCCGCCACGGUUCUCUCGGCUUCCUGCCGAAGAAGCGCACGAAGCAUCAUCGCGGCCGCGUCCGCUCCUUCCCGCGCGACAACAAGGAGGACAAGCCCCACCUGACGGCCUUCAUCGGCUACAAGGCCGGCAUGACCCACAUUGUGCGCGAGAUGGACCGCACAGGCUCCAAGGCGCACAAGAAGGAGGUCGUCGAGGCCGUGACCGUUGUCGAGACCCCGCCCAUGGUCGGCGUCGGCAUCGUCGGCUACGUCGAGACCCCGCGCGGCCUGCGCCAGCUCACCACCGUCUUCGCCGGCAACAUGUCCGAGACGUGCAUGCGCCGCUUCUACAAGAACUACGUCAAGAGCAAGAAGAAGCAGUUCUCCAAGUACUUUGCGCGCCUCAAGACCGAGGAGGGCAAGAAGAACUUUGAGGACCAGCUGCGCCGCCUGGCCAAGUACUGCACCGUCAUCCGCGUCAUUGCCCACACCAAGAUUGACGUGCUCAACCUGCGCCAGAAGAGGGCCCACAUCAUGGAGAUCCAGGUCAACGGCGGCACCCCCCGCGGAGAGACGGACCAGCCCGUCCUGAGACUGCUCAUGGCGUCCUCCAGCAGCUUGUCUGCCUGUAUGUCCUGCGAUGACGACGACGAUGUGUGUGCACCGGACGACCCAAAGCCGCGCAUCGGCCUCGUGUCCUGA